UUUCCCGCUGUCAGGAUGAGGAGGCGGAGGUCGGCGCUCCGGUCCGUCUCUGCCCGCGGCUGUGGCGGUGCCGGCAGCUCCAGCCUUAGCGGUUCCUCCCUGGGUGGCGGCGGCGGCGGCUCCUUCGUUGCCUCUUCUUCCAGCUGAGUCGGCGGCAGCCGGGACGCCGCUUCCCCGCCCAUCCUCCCAGCUCCCCAAGGCCGGCCGCCUGGCCAUGGCGCAGCCCGGCCCGGCUUCCCAGCCUGACGUAUCUCUUCAACAACGAGUAGCAGAAUUGGAAAAAAUUAAUGCAGAAUUUUUACGUGCACAGCAGCAGCUUGAGCAAGAAUUUAAUCAAAAACGAGCAAAAUUUAAGGAACUGUAUUUGGCUAAAGAGGAGGAUCUGAAGAGACAAAAUGCAGUGUUACAAGCUGCGCAGGAUGACUUGGGGCACCUUCGGACACAACUAUGGGAAGCUCAGGCAGAGAUGGAGAAUAUUAAGGCUAUUGCCACAGUGUCUGAAAAUACUAAGCAGGAAGCCAUAGAUGAAGUGAAAAGGCAGUGGAGAGAAGAAGUUGCUUCACUUCAGGCUGUUAUGAAAGAAACAGUUCGAGACUAUGAGCACCAGUUUCACCUUAGGCUGGAGCAGGAGAGAGCACAAUGGGCACAAUACCGAGAGUCCGCAGAUCGGGAAAUAGCUGACUUACGAAGACGACUGUCUGAAGGACAAGAGGAAGAAAAUUUAGAAAAUGAAAUGAAAAAGGCCCAAGAGGAUGCUGAGAAACUUCGGUCUGUUGUGAUGCCUAUGGAGAAGGAAAUUGCAGCUUUGAAAGAUAAACUGACAGAGGCUGAAGACAAAAUUAAAGAGCUGGAAGCCUCAAAGGUUAAAGAACUGAAUCAUUAUUUGGAAGCAGAAAAAUCUUGUAGGACUGAUCUAGAAAUGUAUGUUGCUGUUUUGAAUACUCAGAAAUCUGUUCUACAAGAAGAUGCAGAGAAACUGCGCAAAGAAUUGCAUGAAGUUUGCCAUCUCUUGGAACAAGAGCGACAACAGCACAACCAGUUAAAACAUACAUGGCAGAAGGCCAAUGACCAGUUUCUGGAAUCUCAGCGUUUGCUAAUGAGAGACAUGCAGCGAAUGGAGAUUGUGCUAACUUCAGAGCAACUUCGACAAGUCGAAGAACUGAAGAAGAAAGAUCAGGAGGAGGAUGAACAACAACGGCUUAAUAAGAGAAAGGAUCACAAAAAAACAGAUACCGAGGAAGAAGUAAAAAUACCAGUAGUGUGUGCUUUAACUCAAGAAGAACCUUCAGCCCAGUUAUCAAAUGAAGAGUUUCAGGAGCAUUUAGACAGCACCCAUGGGUCAGUCCAUUCCUUAGAUGCGGACUUACUGUUACCAUCUGGAGAUCCAUUUGGUAAAUCGGACAAUGACAUGUUUAAAGAUGGACUCAGGAGAGCACAGUCUACCGACAGCUUGGGAACCUCUGGCUCAUUGCAGUCCAAAGCUUUAGGCUAUAACUACAAAGCAAAAUCAGCUGGAAACCUGGAGGAGUCAGAUUUUGGACCCCUGGUGGGAGCAGAUUCAGUGUCUGAGAACUUUGAUACUGCAUCCCUUGGGUCACUGCAGAUGCCAAGUGGCUUUAUGUUAACCAAAGAUCAGGAAAGAGCAAUCAAGGCAAUGACACCAGAACAAGAGGAGACGGCGUCCCUCCUCUCCAGCGUUACCCAGGGUGUGGAGAGUGCGUAUGUGUCCCCCAGUGGUUACCGCCUAGUCAGUGAGACAGAGUGGAAUCUUCUGCAAAAAGAGGUACAUAAUGCUGGAAAUAAACUUGGUAGACGUUGUGAUAUGUGUUCCAAUUAUGAAAAGCAGUUACAAGGAAUUCAGAUUCAGGAGGCUGAGACAAGAGACCAGGUGAAAAAACUGCAAGUGAUGUUAAGGCAAGCUAAUGACCAGCUAGAGAAGACAAUAAAAGAUAAACAAGAUCUGGAAGACUUCAUCAAGCAGAGCACUGAGGACUCAAGUCACCAGAUCGCUGCACUUGUAUUGAGAGUCCAAGCAUCCGAGGUUUUACUUGAAGAGUUACAACAAGGCUUUUCCCAGGCAAAGAGAGAUGCUCAGGAGCAGAUGGCUGUGCUGAUGCAGUCACGGGAACAGGUUUCAGAGGAGCUGGUGAGGUUACAGAAAGACAAUGACAGCCUUCAAGGAAAGCACAGCUUGCAUGUGUCGCUACAGCAAGCCGAAGACUUCAUCCUCCCGGACACUGUGGAGGUACUCCGGGAACUGGUGUUAAAAUAUCGUGAGAACAUCAUUCAUGUUCAGACAGCAGCAGACCACAUGGAAGAGAAGCUGAAGGCUGAAAUAUUGUUCCUAAAAGAGCAAAUUCAAGCAGAACAGUGUUUAAAAGAAAACCUUGAAGAAACUCUGCAGCUAGAAAUAGAAAACUGCAAGGAGGAAAUAGCUUCCAUCUCUAGUCUAAAAGCUGAAUUGGAAAGAAUAAAAGUAGAAAAAGAACAGUUGGAAUCCACAUUAAGAGAGAAGUCUCAGCAGCUUGAGGGUCUCCAGGAGAUAAAGGUCAAGUUGGAAGAACAGUUAAAGAAAGAGACUGCCGCUAAGGCUGCUGUUGAACAACUAAUGUUUGAAGAGAAGAACAAAGCUCAGCGAUUACAGACAGAAUUAGAUGUCAGUGAACAGGUCCAGAGAGAUUUUGUAAAGCUUUCUCAAACCCUUCAGGUGCAGUUGGAGCGGAUCCGGCAAGCCGACUCCUUGGAGAGAAUCCGGGCAAUUCUGAAUGACACCAAACUGACAGACAUUAACCAGCUCCCCGAGACAUGACACCCUGAUGCAGGAUUCUAGCCUGCACUCUGGGUUUUUAACUCAUCCUUAGAACAUUAAUUAUUAUUUAACUCUUAACUGAAGCAGAAGUCACAAAAAAGGGACUGGAGAAGUGCUCAUUUCUAGUGGGAGAAAACUGUACAGCACAGGAACAGCCAACACGCUUUCCAGCGCAACACUAACAGAUUCUGCCUGUGAUCCCAGCAGGCGUGGGAGAAGCUCUGGUGAUGGAAGAAGUGCUGCAUCCUUGCCUGCUUCUUCAGCAUAGCUCUCUGGAACACAGUUCCCUAGCCUGAAGGAACUUGCCAGUAGUGUUUGGAAUGACCUUUUCUGUUCAUAGAUACCAGGAGAUUGAGAAGUUUCUUUUUCUGUUGUCUAGAGCUCAUCAGUAGCCGUGUUCAGCUAGCAGACAGAGGUGUAGUGUGCUGUAUGAAUAUUUUAUAUUAAAAUACGAAGUGAGAGCAGGCCAUUGGCUAUUGACUGUAUUUCCCUCACUCUGUGAAUUUUCUUUAUACCAUUUUAUCUUACUUCAGAAGACCUUAAAUGCUACUGAAACUUGCCUAAGAACCGUAAGACGAUGGCAAACCAAACCACUUCAAGAACAGAAUUAAGGGAUUUGUAAACUUGGCGGAGGCCAAAUCUAUUGGGAGUUGUUUAAAUAAGGAAAAGCACAAGAAACUGGAAGCACUUUUUCCUGAACACCCGGAUAGUCUUGGUGGGUCCACAGGCACCAGGGUGAAGCUGAAUGGCACCAUCUACUCCAUUUUGAAGUGUUUUAGUUUAGUUAUUGGAUCAGUGGAAAAAUAUUAAUAAAACAAGCUAUGUCUGACAACAUCUAGCAUACAUUUAUAAACCUGCUUAUAUUCAGCUUUAAUCAAAGGGCAUGAAUGCUAUUUGUUUCAAAAGUGUCACAUACAAAAUGGUAGUAAUGAGGUUCUACAGAGCUUUGUAUUUUUUCUUUUAUAUAAUUAGAUUUGGAAUAUUAAGUGAUAGCAUUUAGGAUGAAGUUGGGGAAACCAGGAGAGUAUGAUGAGUUUGUAAAUCUACUCUUGUCCUUGCCUUGUCCGUGUGGAGAAACCUGCUGAGACAGGCUGUCUGCCACAGUGCGAUGCAACUGUGUAGAUCAAGGGGAAUGGACUGAGUUCACUGCUUGCAGCUGCAGUGCUAUCCCAAGCAGCUAUUAUGUUCAACUGUAUUACAAUGAAGUAAAAAGUGGGGUUUUUUUUCAAAAAUUGUUUGUGAUUUUGCUGCACAACAGUGGGUACCUAAAGAAACCUUAUAGGAUUUAGUGAACUGAUUUUUUUCUGUUCACUUAAAGCCACCAUCGACUUAAAAGUAGACUGACUUUGUUACAAAUGAAGUCAUUAUGAAUUUGCCCCAAAGACCUUUACUUGUUUUCUUCCACCGAACAAAUGAAAAGGACUAUAUUACCUCAUCCCAUGGAUUAUUUUUAUAGGCUUAUAUUCAUGAUGAUGAAUUUAAAAGUAAAUAUAAAUUAUGGAAAUAGUGCUAAAAGCUUGCCAUGCAUGAAACAUUAUUUUAACUGGUUUAAAGUCUCUGUAUAAAGUACUACUUGGUUUAAAGGAAAAAUAUAGCCUCACUGAGUUACAAGGAAUUUUUUAAAUUAUAAAAUGUCAUUAAAUUAGGUAGGCAUAAGACGACUCCCGUGGGAAGGCUCCAUGCUGAUUUGUUUUAGGUUAUUAAAAUGAGCAUUAUCAAUCAUGAUGGGUAAAUCAUCACCUUUCUGAAGUGAGCUUUUCUCUGAAAGAUGAGUACUGGGGCUAUGGAAUGUUCGUCAUUAGAAACUGAGUUGUGGCCGAUGAAAAUAGUUCAAGUCCAUGCAACUGAGGAUAUCUAGGAAAACCUAAACUCUAAGUUUUAACAAUCAAUUUCUGGGAUGAAAACACUGUGACAUCCAGAUAAGACACAAUUCUGUAAACUUGAGGGCAUUUUUUUUUUUUUGCAUAAAUGGGAUCUGCAUCAUGAACACCAAAGUUCAUCAAAAAGAUCAGUUAGGCUUCAAGUGUUCCUGUGCUUAUAUUCAGACUGUACACCUGUUCUCGCAUGUCUAAAUUGACUUACCUCUUACCUGUAACAUACCUUACCAUGUGGCUUUUAGUUGGCAGUCACACAGCCAUUUCUCCACAGGUACAGUCUUACCUUUCAGAACUCAUAUUGGAAGGUCUAUAAAGAUGACCUAAAGCUGAGGACAAAACCACUCAUAGAUUACAUACCAAAUGGUUUUCUUUCUCCCUUUUAGGUGUCAAAGCUUGCACUGUGUACCCAGUGCUCAGUAGACACAGAGCACAGCCAGACUCAGCUCUGAAAGGUAAACAGUGCCUGUGAGGAAGUAAGCCUGCUGUGACCCUUGCAGCUGUGGAUCUGGAGCUCUGCUCGGAGCACACUGCACGUAUAAGCAUUUGUUAACGGUACUGAAGGUGAAUCCUUAAGAAGAAAGUGUUCAAAUUAAAAGAGCUGCUGCCGAG